AUGCCUCCAACUACUUCUCAAACUCAGGAGGGUGUGGGUGGUCAGACACCAACCACUCUUACCACAGAGCAGCGGGUCGCACAGGAUUUUCAGACACCACCACCUGGUUUAGCUCCACCACCAGCUGAGGUGGUAACACAUCCAGCAGUUCAUCCAGGGGGUACAACUUCGGUUACUGGUAGGAGGGCAAGUGCUACAGAUGAGCUUAAAGCUUUCAUGAGUUUUAGACCACCGAACUUUGAUGCUACCCCUAUGUCGGUGGGUCCCCAGAGGUUCAUAGACAGUCAGCGUGAUGCUUUGCACGAUCAGUUUGAAAAGCUUCAUCAGAACGACAUGACUGUGGCACAGUAUGAUGCAGAAUUCACCAGAUUGUCUUGUUAUGGCUUUGAGAUCAUUCCUACUGAGGAGAAUCGAGUCAAGAGAUUUGUGAAUGGGUUGAUAAAGUCCCACCGUACCGCCUUGGCUACUGAGGGUAAGGGGUCAUCUAGACCUCCUCAGUUAGCUUCACAUAAUCAUUCUCAGCAUUCACCUAGUUCUCAGUCAGCCCCGCAGCGGCAGGGGCAGCAACAACACCAGAGACGUAGUUCUUUUCAGAACAUGGCUUAUCAUUGUUCUUCUUGUGGGAAGAACCAUUCAGGCAGGUGUAUGAGGAGUUUCACUGGAUGUUAUACUUGCGGGGAGCAGGGUCAUUUGUCUUUUGCAUGUCCUAGAGUUGUGGGCGCAGUCCAGUCGGCAGCCCAGCAGCAGGGUGCCAUUGCGGCGCCACCUAUAGCCGCAGUUCCAGCUAGAGCAGUACCACAGGCAGGUCGUGGAGCAGCUAGAUAG